UUCAUUCAAGGUUUGCUCGGCACAGACUAGAAGCUUGACGGUGAUUGAAUCACUAUGCUCCACAGUAUAGAAACUAAUAAAGAUGUCCGCUAAUAUUUGAGAAUAGGCUUCAACUUCCUUAAACUGUAACCCGUGACGCAGAAAGAUGAACGCGGAAGAUACUUCCAAUUGCACGCACAAAACGUGAGGAGACGCGAUGGACAGAGAGCGGCACCGGACACGGAGCGCUUGCAAGAGAACCGGUGCGCAAAGUGAAAGCGCGAAUGUCCUGCGCUCGCUCAGCGUAGCCAACAUUGACGAUGAGACAAUGGUGGACGAUUUGGACAAUGUGAAACAUGGCAAUCUUGAACAGCGGUUAAUGGCACCGCGGUACAGCUUACUUCGUGAAGUUGGUAGGGGCAGCUAUGGCGUCGUCUAUGAAGCCAUUGCCCGCAAAUCUGGAGCGAAAGUGGCGGUAAAGAAACUGCGCUGCGACGCGCCUGAGAAUGUGGAGUUGGCGUUGGCGGAGUUUUGGGCUCUCACCAGUUUGGAGAAACGCCAUGAGAAUGUGGUGCAACUGGAGGAGUGUGUGCUCCAGAGAAACGGGAUGGCUCAGAAAAUGAGCCAUGGCAAUAAGCGAUCCAAGCAGUAUUUGAGAUUGGUGGAGACAUCUUUGAAAGGUGAGCGUGUUUUGUCGUGUCCAGACGAACCCUGCUACCUGUGGUUUGUUAUGGAGUUCUGCGAGGGAGGGGACCUAAAUCAAUUUAUCUUGUCCCGUCGUCCCGAUCCACACACCAACUCCAGCUUCAUGAUGCAGUUGAGCAGUGCUGUGGCUUUCCUGCAUGAGAAUAACAUCGUCCACAGAGACCUUAAACCGGAUAACAUCCUCAUCUCAGAGCGGUCCGGUGAGCCCGUGUUAAAAGUGGCUGACUUCGGCCUGAGCAAAGUGUGCGCGGGUCUGGCCGCAGGGGUACGGGACUCGGAGGGGGGCCGGGACAAAAAUAAGAACAGUGUUAACAUUAACAAAUUCUGGCUGUCAUCUGCAUGUGGUUCGGACUUCUACAUGGCACCAGAGGUCUGGGAAGGACACUACACCGCCAAAGCGGACAUUUUCGCUCUAGGGAUUAUCAUCUGGGCCAUGAUAGAAAGGAUCACGUUCAUUGAUGCAGAGUCGAAGCGGGAGCUGCUCGGGACCUACGUGCGACAGGGUUCUGAUAUUGUGCCUGUUGGAGAGGCACUGUUGGAGAACCCAAAGAUGGUGCUGAGUAUUCCUCAGCGCAGGCGCUCUCAUAUGUCGGAAGCUCUUCGGAAACUUUUGCAGGACAUGUUGGCUGUGAAUCCUCAGGACCGACCGGACGCGUUGGAGCUGCACAGCAGGAUGGGGCAGGUCACCUGUGCUGCGUGAACUUUGACCACCUCACACACAAACACACACACAGGCUUUCCCUGAACAGAACAGAAGGGACCAUGAUGCUUGGAAAACUGUGAACCUUCCAUCGCUGGUUAAAUGUGAAGAGUACAAAGUGCUGAACUUCAACACCAAUUGAACACAUUUUGCAACAAAUGGAUUUUUCAACUGACUAUUGUUUUUUUGGUUACGGUAGUGAUUUAGGUAGAAUCGUCAGUAAUGUCACAAAGAGUGGUGUAAAACAAUGUUGUUAUACAGUGAUUACAAUCAAACUAAAUCAAGCAAGUGCUUUUAUUAGUCUUAAUAAAACUUCAAACUUCUCUAUUUGGAGAUUUCCUAGUUGCACAUUCUCCAAACAGACGUAUUUCAGUUAUUUAGUCAAGUUACUGCAGAAUGCUUUUUUCAAAAGAAAAGAACAUUUUGAUUUAAUCAGAAGUCAUUCGCUUCUUUGUAACCUUUUGUUAAUGUUUGCUGUCUGUUAAACAAAAACACAGAUUCAUUAUCAGCAGUUAAAAAAAUACUUGAGCUCAGUUUCUAAAACAAAGAAUAUUGACAGUACACAAACAAGGCACUUGACUACAUUUUUGCUGUAUUUAUGCAUGCUUACUAAAUGGUGCAGUCAAUGUCAUCCGUGUCAACAUGCUCACGGUCUUAUACUUGGGUCCAUUUAGUUGAUUUUACUUGAGUAAAUCUACAAAACUUGAACAUCUUUAGCUACCUUCUGUUAUACCCCAUAGCUGAAAUUUUAACUUUUAAGCCUUGUUUAUUAAUUGGCUAUAAGAAUUUCCAUGAUCUUGAAAGAAGCCCAAUAUUGAGAUUUUUGUUCAUGAUUGCAGAUUGAACCUGGUGCCUUGAAGUCUAAUCGUAUAAUGGAGAUUUAACCUGAGAUUUUUUUUUUUUAAUUUACAGCUUUAACUUUUUAACAUGCAGUACAUUCUUUAAGGUUUUAAUAGUGGAACACUUGUGUGCAGUUGAAAGCUUUCAGUACCAGUUUUACAUUGUGUGAGAUUAUUUGCCCAAAAAGAUUUUGUUGACUUUACAAAGCCACUGGCAUUCAUUAACAAGCAGUGUAAAAAUCCCUUCUACAUGACACACCCAAUUGUACGGUUUUGUUUUGGAAAUUAUACAUUAGGAUGUUUUUUUUCCCAAGUAUGAAUUAUGGAACCAUUUAGAAGUGAGUUAGUUUUUUUUCCCGAAUGCAUUUCCAAUAUUGAACAGUGUUUUAUAAUGAUUGAUUUUAAGUUUAACAAUAUCAGUUUUUGUUAGAUUUUUACUUAAUGUUCAAGUUGGUGUUGUUCCUUGAAGGAUGGGAGCAAUUUGCUUUUAUUUUUAUAAUAUCCUGACCUAAACUAAACAUCAUAGAGAAUACAUUGGAGUGUGUUUGACUGUUUAUGGGUUGGUUUUUGCCUGAAAGUUUGUGUGUGCUAGUUCUACCUCUCUUGUGUUUUAGUAACUAAUUCACUAAAUUAACUAGCAGUGCUUUUGUGUGUGUUGUUUUUAAGAGAGACAAUGAGUUCAUGUUUUCAGAUGUUUUUAUUUAUUAUAUAUAUUUUGUUUUUGAAUAAUAAAUCUAGAGUUUCAAAUUAUUUGACUAGUAUUUUAAACUUUACUUCCCUGAAUCACUGUCUGCUGUGGAAGAAAAACAAAGCUUUCGAGGUCGUUUUUUAUUCACUCUCAAGUCCAGUGUUUUAAGUUGGAACUUUUGGGACUGCAUUGUUCUUCAUUUAGGGACAAAAUGCUUUAGCGUUUGACAGCGCUAUCCGCCUGUCAGGAAAUGUUUGUUUACAAAUGACUCUGGUUUAUUGUCUGUAUUUCUUUUAAUCCACGUCUGUUAUUUCUUUUCCCGAAAGGCAUUUUAAAUGAUUGUAUCUCUUACGAGGAUCAAAUAUUGUGUGAUAUUUAAGAACCGCAGUGGUUCUCAGACCUUUAAAACUAAAGUUGGAGAAUGUUCUGCCAUUUUUUUUUUGUCGGUUUGAAUGUUUUGGAAAGCUUAAAUGGAAUUUUUGUCACCAGUCAAAAGAACCACAGUAUUAGACUGCCCUUGCACUGAGUGUCUCUCUCUCUAAAAGUAAACAAAGAACAAUACAAGCUCAUGUUUGAACGCCUUUUACCCAUUUCCAUGUUUUUCUUCGUAUUACUCGUUGUUUGACUGUAAACACGUCUAUGCAACCUCUUAAUCCCUGACUCUGUGAUGCUGCUCUGCUAAACUAGCCUCCUCAGAAUAUUCUGUCUUUGAUUUUUGGUUCAUAUUAUGACCGUUGUUUUUUUGUGGGGCACUUUGUGCAUUUUGUUUUUGAAAAUUGGACCGUUUUUGUAAGGCUUUUUUUGCUAAGCACACUAAAACUGUGGGAAGCUUUGGUGUCAAAAUCCCUUUUGAUUUGAUGCUGUUUUUGUUUAAUAAAUCAUGUAAAUGU